AUGUUUCUGUAUAACCUGACCUUGCAGGCACCCAAUGCCAUCAACCAGGCCAUCCUCGGAAACUUCUCAGGGACCAGACAGCAGGAACUCAUCGUCUCCCAUGUUUCCAGGAUCGAGUUGCUCAGGCCAGAUACCACUACAGGAAAGGUCCACUCGAUCCUCUCCCACGACGUCUUUGGUGUCAUUCGCUCCCUCGUCGCCUUCCGUCUCACCGGUGCCUCCAAAGAUUACAUCGUUAUUGGUUCAGACUCGGGCAGGAUCAUUAUUCUGGAAUAUAAUCCGGCCAAGAACGUGUUUGAGAAGGUUCACCAGGAGACGUUUGGCAAGUCUGGAUGCCGAAGAAUCGUCCCAGGACAAUAUCUUGCCGUUGACCCCAAGGGUCGCGCUGUCAUGAUCGGAUCGAUGGAGAAGCAGAAGCUGGUGUACAUUCUGAACAGAGAUAUCGCAGCAAGGCUCACGAUCGGAUCGCCUCUGGAGGCACACAAAUCUCACACCAUUGUUCAGCACUGCACAGGAGUCGACGUUGGCUUCGAGAACCCUAUUUUCGCAUGCUUGGAAGUCGACUACACAGAGGCUGAUCAGGAUCCUACAGGAGAGGCAUACAAGGAGACAGAAAAGAUGUUGACUUACUACGAGUUGGAUCUCGGUCUCAAUCACGUUGUCAGGAAAUGGAGCGAAGCUGUCGACCGCCGAUCCAACAUGCUUGUUGCAGUCCCUGGAGGCACGGAUGGACCGUCUGGAGUGCUCGUCUGCUCAGAAAACUACAUCACAUAUAAGCAUAUUGGCGCAGCUACACUCACAGUCCCUAUUCCUAGACGCAAGGAUCCAUUGGAGAACAAGGAGCGAGGACUUUUGAUUGUUUCUGGAGUCGUGCAUAAGAUGAAGAACUCUUUCUUCUUAUUGUUGCAGAGCGAGGAGGGCGACUUGUACAAGGUUACUAUUGAUUACACAGGAGAUACUGUCAACGAGAUCAAGAUCAAGUACUUUGACACCGUCUCAGUAGCAGCAGGAUUGUGCAUCUUGAAGAGCGGAUUUCUGUUUGUCGCAAGUGAAUUCGGAAACCACCAAUUCUAUCAAUUCGGAAAGUUGGGCGACGACGACGACACUCCCGAGUACUCGAGUAAUGACUUUAUUACAAAGGAUGAUGGAACUCUGGAUACCACAGUUUACUUCAAGCCAAGACCGCUGGAGAACUUGUUGCUUGUGGAUGAACUCGCCAGCAUGUCGCCAUUGACCGAUGCCAAGGUUCUCAAUCUCACGGAUGAGGACACCCCUCAGAUCUAUGCGUUGUGCGGACGUGGGCCACGGUCGACUAUGAGGAUAUUGCGACAUGGUCUGGAAGUGACCGAGAUGGCUGUUUCACCACUGCCAGCCAACCCCACAGCUGUCUGGACAACACGUUUGACUUCCGACGAUCUCUAUGAUCAAUACAUUAUCGUCUCAUUCUCCAACGCAACUCUGGUUCUGUCGAUUGGCGAGACUGUGGAGGAAGUCACGGACACCGGAUUCUUGGCAACAACACCCACCAUCGCAGUGCAGCAGCUUGGUCAGGAUGCCUUGCUUCAAGUUUACCCCCAGGGUAUCCGUCAUAUUCGCGCCAACAGACAGGUGACGGAGUGGCGCGCACCAGGAGGCCGACAGAUCGUGAGAGCCGCCACCAACAGCCAACAAGUCGUGAUCGCUUUGACAGGAGGAGAACUUGUGUAUUUCGAGGUCGAUGAAAGCGGUAACUUGAGUGAGUCGAACGUGCGAAGGGAGAUGUCUGGCAAUGUCACCUGUUUGAGUAUCCAGCCUUUGCCUGUCGGAAGGAGACGCGUUCGCUUCUUGGCUGUUGGAUGUGAUGACAACACUGUCCGUAUUCUCAGCUUGGAUGCUUCCAGCACCCUUGAGCCCCUCAGUAUGCAGGCCCUCUCGGCCAUUCCAGAGUCAUUGGUGAUGAUCGACAUGCCCGAUCAGAUUACCGCAGGAUCCUUGACGACACUUUACCUAAACAUUGGUUUGCAGAACGGAGUGUUGCUGCGCACUGUGUUGGAGCAAAACACUGGACAACUUUCAGACACCCGUACCCGAUUCUUGGGUGCGCGGUCUGUCAAGCUUUUCGAGCUCAACAUGGCAGGAAACCCAGCAGUGUUGGCUUUGUCCAGCAGGCCUUGGCUCAGCUACCAGAUGCAAUCAAGGAUCCACCUCAACCCACUGUCAUAUGAGGCUUUGGAGUUUGCCGCCAGUUUCACUUCAGAGCAGUGCCCAGAGGGUGUUGUAGCGAUUGCAGGAAACGCUCUCAAGAUUUUCACCAUCGAAAAGUUUGGUCAGGUCUUUAACGAGACACCCAUCCCAUUGACCUACACGCCACGCCGAUUUGUCGUCAACCCUGUGCACAAGUCGAUUGCCAUCAUUGAGUCAGACCACCAGACAUACUCGACCUUGGAGAAGAAGAAGAAGCUGAAGGAGCUUGGAUUUGAGACCGAGGAAGAGGAGGAGGAACUGGACCCAGUCGUUUUCGGGCACUCUCGGUCGACGCCCGGCAAGUGGGCUUCUCUCAUCAGGAUCAUCAACCCUGCCACCGCCGAGACGACUUUUACCCUGGAGUUGGAGCAGAACGAGGCCGCAUUCAGCGUUGCCAUCCUGAACUUCGCCGUUGAGGCAGGUGAUAUGUUCUUGGCUGUCGGUACCGCAGCUGAUGUGACUCUGGCCCCCAAGUCUCUCUCAUCAGGGUUCAUCCAUAUCUACAAGUUUGUCAAUGACGGCAUGGGUCUGGAGCUGGUGCACAAGACACCUGUUGACGAGGUGCCUCACGCACUUUUGCAUUUCCAGGGUCGCCUUUUGGCAGGAGUGGGCAAGACGCUUCGCAUCUACGACCUUGGCAAGCGCAAGCUGCUCCGGAAAUGUGAGAACCGCUCGCUUCCCAACUGUAUCGUCACGCUGCACAACCAAGGUGGCCGUAUUGUAAUCGGUGACGUCCAGGAGUCGGUCCACUAUGUUUCAUACGUUGCGGCCGACAACAAGCUUGUCGUCUUUGCAGAUGACAAGGCACCCCGAUGGAUCUCUUGCUCGGCCAUGAUAGACUACGACACUGUUGCGGCUGGAGACAAGUUUGGCAACUUCUUUGUCAGCCGGUUACCCCAGAAGCUCAGUCAGGAGAUUGACGAGGACGAGGCUGGUUCCAAGUCGGUCGGCAAGGGCUACUUGCAUGGUGCUGCCCACAAGCUUGACCUGAUGGCACAUUACCACGUCGGAGAUAUCUUGACGUCGUUGGCCAAGACGACCUUUGUUGCAGGUGGACGUGAGAUGAUUCUGUACACAUCGUUCAUGGGAGGCAUUGGUAUCUUUAUCCCCUUCCAGACCAAGGAGGACAUUGAUUUUUUCCAGACCUUGGAGAUGCAUAUGCGCAAUGAGAUGCCUCCCUUGGCUGGACGUGACCAUCUGAGCUACCGUGGCUACCAUGUUCCGGUCAAGGGCACGGUGGAUGGUGAUAUGUGCGAGCAGUACAACUUGCUGUCGGGCGACAAGAAGCGCCAGAUCGCUGAAGAGUUGGACCGGACACCUGCCGAGAUUCAGAAGAAGAUCGAGGAUAUGCGUAUUCGUGCCAUCUAG